GUCGUUGUUUUGGGGGCGUAACCCGGAAGACGUGUCUCGUCAUUUGAUCGGGCGACAGCGGCAUGCUCGUCCGCGGUGAAGCGACAGCGACACACCCGUGGUGGCUGUAGUGUUGGUUUUGAUGAAGUCGGCUGUUGUUGAACUGAUCGGGCCCAGAGGAGCUCACCGUGCGGCCGCGGCUCGGAGACUCGGAGCGGACAUGUGUAAAGAGCUGAAGACCAAAGUGCUGCGUUUGCUGCCGCCGACCUCCAACGGGCCGACGGUGCGUCGGGAAGGCCACACAGACGGCGCUGAGAUCCUGAGUUGCACGGCGAACGCCCUGAAGGAGGGCCACGUCGUCGCUGUGCCCACAGACACCAUCUACGGCCUGGCGUGUCUGGCUCAAAACUCAGAGGCCGUCCGAAAAACCUUUGACAUCAAAGGACGAAAUGGACACAAGCCGCUGGCCAUCUGUGUGGGAGAAGUUCAGGACAUCUAUAAGUACUGUAAGGUGAACGUGAAGAAGGAGCUGUUAGACGACCUGCUGCCAGGUCCCGUCACUCUGGUGUUUGAAAGGUCUGAAGCAUUGAACACGGAUCUCAACCCAUUUACCUCACUCGUAGGCGUGCGUAUCCCAGACCACGCCUUCAUGAGGCGCCUUUGCCAGAUGUGCGGUGAGCCGCUGGCACUCACCAGCGCCAACAUCAGCUCACACAGUAGCACUCUGGAAGUAUACGAAUUCCAGGAGCUUUGGCCAAAACUGGCCGUGGUGGUGGACGGCGGACCGAUCACGGACCAGAGCCGCCUCGGAUCAACGGUGGUCGACUUAUCGGUACUCGGCAAAUUUCGCAUCAUCAGGCCCGGCUGUGCCCUCUCUUCUACGUUUGAUGUGCUGGAGCGCAAAUAUGGACUGUCGGAGGACUCGGAAAAAUGACCUCUGAUCUGUCUCUCUCAACACUCCUCAACUGAGACGCACAAUGAGCUUCGACCUCGGAGAAGACGAAUCCUCUUUUCAUGUUCCCAAAGAAGAAUUUAAUGUUUCCAAGCAAAUACUUAAAACUCAGGGAGAACUCGAGUCUUGAACUUCCGAUGGCCGACUCUGUUCCGGUGGCUGGUUUAAGGUCUGUGUUUACUUUUGGUUUUUGAUGACCAUAUUUGCUGCCUUACCUUGUGUCUAUCAUGGGAUAAUGUGGGGUUUUGAACAGUGUCAAAGUUAUCUAACAUUUAUUCAGAAAUAUAGAGCAAUUUCUGUUUGGUAUCGUCCAUGCAUUAAAUGUAAAACUUUUAUCUUUUUUGUACUGUCAAAGCAACGUCGCACAGCCAAGAAUACAAUGGUUUGAGUUAAUAUUUUAUUGCCAUUUCGAUAAUGUUAGAGGCUGAUGGGCACCCAAUCUGUGGCCUGAGUGAAUUUUUGGGACCAGAUGAAAGGAUGGGAAUUAUGUGAAUUGCACUGACUGACUGAGUCCAGAACUAUUAUUAAUCUCCUGUCAGUUAACGAUUUUUCUCCCCAUCUUAAAGAGAAAAAAAUAUAUAUUCUGGAUCUGCCCAUUGAUCUAGAUCCCGAUCCCCCAAUUUUUUUUUUGUGUGGAUGUACGGUGUGAAAUUCCUCUGCCCACAUGCAAGUAAAAAAAACAAACAUCCAUGUAGACUUUUUUUGAUGGAAUGUACAACCACAAUAAAUUCUCUUUUUCAUUA